CGCGGGGUGCGAACCCCGGAUCGCAUAAAAUCACUACGCGCACGCGGUUUUUCCGCCUCGGCCGCACCCGCACUCCAACCAGCGCGAGCGGCGUCCUCCUCCUCCGUCGGCGUCGGCGGCGGCGGCGACGGCCAUGGACUUCGGGUACGUCGGCGUGGGGCAGGGGAGCUCGUCGUCGUCGUCGUCGGCGUCGUGCCGAGCGGCGGACGUGGCGGCGUGGGGAUCCUCCACCCAGCAGCAGCAGAAGCGGCAGCGGUGCCAGGUCGUGAGUCGUGACCACCCCGGCGGCCUGUUCCGUCUCGUCCCCGGUUCUUCUGAUGACCAAGUUGGAUUGAGCACAAGUAAUUCUUUGCAAAUGUCAGAACCAGAGCCUCGAGAUUUUGAUAAUGGAGAAAAUGAGGAAGAAGAUUACUAUCUGGACGAGGACGAUUGCAUUUAUGAUGAUGGCGAUGGAUAUGAUUAUGAAUUUGAUGGCGGUGACUACUUCAACCAACGUCUUGCUGAUAAAUUUGAUGAUUUGGAUUUGCCUCCAGGCGUGGAGGCUACUGUACCUUGGCUUCAGAAAAUUAUAACUAACGAAGAGCAAAGCAGUUCCAAAUUGACAGUUGAAGAUGAAAGCGCAAAUAAAAGUGCAAAUAAAUCUCAGUUGUUCAAACAGUUUGACACUGUUAAAAAUUUCUCUGAUCAUCAUUAUGCAGCAACAUCAGGGGAUGUGACAAAGAGAGACUGGGUGAAGAGGAUUCAGCAUGACUGGAAACUUUUGGAGAAAGAUCUACCAGCAUCUAUUUAUGUCCGUGUUGCUGAAGAUAGAAUGGACCUUCUUAGGGCUGCUAUUAUCGGACCUAAGGGAACACCGUACCACGAUGGGCUCUUCUUCUUUGAUAUUCAAUUUAGUAACUCUUACCCUGCUAAUCCUCCAUCAGUAUACUACCACUCUGGCGGACUACGGAUUAACCCAAACUUAUACAAUAAUGGAAAAGUAUGCCUUAGUCUUCUUGGUACCUGGGCAGGUAGUGGUUGUGAGACGUGGAAUCCAUCUCAGUCGACCAUGCUACAAGUGCUCGUCUCCAUUCAAGCUCUCAUUUUGAAUGAGAAGCCCUACUUCAAUGAGCCAGGAUAUGCAUCCUACGCCAAUAGUGUAUCUGGAGAGCGGAUUGCUAUGGAGUAUAACGACAACACAUUUCUGCACUCAUGCAGGACGAUGCUCUACUCACUUCGGCGGCCUCCAGAGCACUUCGCAGACCUUGUUACCAGCCACUUCAGGGAGCGCGGGCACACCAUCCUGGCAGCAUGCAGGUACUACAUGGAAGGCCACAAGGUCGGAUCGGUGGUCCCCGAAGAGAAGGAGCCGGAGUACGGCGACGCGGGAGCAUCCACCAGCAGCGCCAGCGCCAGCGCCGCCGCCGCCGCUCUGAAGCCGCGGCCGGACAAGGUGGAUUCCGUCAGUAGACGCCCCACGUUCAACGACAACCUCAAGACGCUGUUCGAGGAGCUCCUGAUGGAGUUCAACGUGAAGGGCGCCGACACGGCCAAGUUCCUCGCCGAGAAGGUGAAGAAGAGCUCUGGUGCAACAACUACUGCGCCUGUAGGAGGCGCCCGUUAUGCAGCAGAAGUGGUGGAUGAGUGGAUGGAUUAGUCUGCUUUGCCUAACUGCAGAGAAGUUAAUAUCUUUCUCUCUCUUUUUUAUUUCGUAGUACAUAAUUAGCUUAUGGUUGCUAGGACUGGACUGGGCUGAACCUGUUGACCAAGAUGAUGAAUUAAAUAGAUAUAUGCCUAUCCAUCUCAAGGCUCUUAAGACAUCAAAAGGUUGUCCGCAAUCUCAUGUUAACAUGUACGUACAUAUGAUCGAUCGA